AUGUUCCGAUUAUAGGAUCGCGGAUACCCAGUCGAGGUCCACCAAGUUACCACUGAUGACGGCUACAUCCUGGAGAUGCACCGCAUACCACACGGGCGUCCCUACACCCGCCCACAUUCCCGCACACGUCCACACUCCCGCACCCGCCCACACUCCCGCACCCGCACACACUCCCGCACCCGCCCACAUUCCCGCACCCGCCCACACUCCCACUCAUAUGAAGACGACCACCCCUACACCCAGCAACGUCUUCCCACACCCACACCCUUCCACAAGCCCACACACCCAGAAAGGACUACACCCUCCCCACAAGGCCACACCCUCCCCACAAACCUUAUACCUCUCCCACAAGCUUCCACACCUGCCCACAAGGCCCCACCUCCCACAAAUCUACACCUUCCACAAGCCCACACACCAAAAAAGAACAACACCCUCCCACAAGGUCACACCCUCCAACAAACUUAUACCCUCCCACAAGCCUACACCCGCCCACAAGGCCCCACCCUCCCACAACGCCACACCAGCCCACAAGCCUACACCCUCCCACAACGCCACACCCGCCCACAAGCCUACACCAGCCCACAAGUCCUCUCCCACCCAGAAGCCAACGGACUCACAAAGGCCGAAAUCCUCCUACACGCCCGGAUUCCUUCGGACGCCUACGCCGACUCGUACACGCACUCAGAUCGUGACUAUAGAUCCAAGGAUGAGUUGGCGCUCUUUGUAAACGUCCCCUCUGUAGUAAGAAGAAACAGACGCAGCAGUAGUGGCAGUCGCAAGGUGGCGGUACUGAUGCAUGGUCUUCUUGGCUCCAGCGCCGACUACAUCAUGAAUGAUCCUGACGAAGCAUUAGCGUUCUUGCUGGCGGACGCUGGCUAUGAUGUUUGGCUCGGAAAUAUCAGAGGAAAUUUCUAUGCUCGACGCCACGUUCGACUCUCUCCCAACGACCCAAAAUUUUGGGAUUUCACGUGGACCGAGGCAGCACGCUAUGACAUACCGGCUAUGCUCAAAUACGUGCGUCAGGAAACCGGCGCGGAGCAGGUCAGCUACGUCUGUCACUCCAUGGGGUGUGGGGUGUUCCUCGCCAUGAUGGACUACCACCCGGAAAUCAACUAUUGGGUACGGGUGGUGGCAGCUUUGGCCCCUGCCGCUUAUGUUAAGGGCAAACCGACCCCUUGGAGCCUCUUGGGCUCGUUCGCCUACGUUAUUGAUGAAACUUUCACCCGUUUAGGGAAACUGGAGUUCAAUCCCUUGGACUCCACGACUGUACGUGCGGGAUCGACUGUAUGUGCACCAGAGUCCUUUAUCAAUUUCAUGUGUCUGGCGGCGCAUUACGUGAAUUUCGGCCCAACCUCUAAAAAUGUUGAUCCAAAUUACCUGCCAGUGAUCCACGCCCACGUGCCAGCAGGCACAAGCAUACACAUGUUUACUCAUCUCCUGCAGCUGUACCACUCCGGCAAGUUCCGGGCCUUCGACUACGGACAACAGAGGAACUUGGCGGAGUAUGGCACGACGUCGCCGCCGCCGUUUAACCUCAGCAGCGUCAAAGUUCCUGUCGGUGUCUUUUGGAGUGAUGACGACUGGAUAGUCGAGCACACGGCGCUGAGACAGACAGUGGCGGAGUUGCCCAAUGUGGUCCUUGACUAUGAAGUACCAGAAAGACUCUUCAACCACGUCGACUUCAUCUGGUCUGAGGAUGCACAUGAACAUGUCUACCCCACCAUAAUGAAACUCCUCUACGACUACAACUGAAGGAAGAGCCCCGGACACACCCUUUUUGGACACCUUCACCUCCAAAAACUUUACCGAGAAAUAUAAUGAACAAGUACAAAUUUACGUAUAAAGUACAGAUAGUCUGUCGUCCCUACGUGAUUUUUUUUCCCUACAGUUAUGACAUGUGGGAUGGGGAACACAGAGACUGGGAUGGAUGAAUAGUAUUAUAAAUUUACUUGCCAGAGACAUAAAUACUAAACGGGAGAACUGGCUGAUGGUGAAAGUUGCCGAGCUAGAGACCCUGCCAGUACAGAAAGCAACUAGAAGUAUCUUUCUCGGAUUAAGAGCGGUGAGGUGAUGGCAACAUCUAUCGGCCAAUGCACCAAGCUCGACCACAUUAGUAUACAGACUGUGUGUGUGUACAGUAGCCGGUUAUCUCGCUAACAGUUAACUGAGAGCUGGUUCUUCCUCUAUAGUAAGUAAAAAAUAUACCACAAAAAAGAUUCCAUUUCUUUCUUUCUCUAUGCUUUACAUAAAAAUUAUCUAUAUUAUGUAUAGCAAUGUACUGUAUACAUUUGUAAUGAACUAUUAUGUCUUUUACUGUAAAUAAAAUGUUCAGUUAAUUCAUCGUAAACCUUCCUAACGUACCAGGAAAUCACUGGUACAAUUUCUUCA